CGUGCUGUGUAGCACCGGACCAUCCGCAACUAUGCACGAGCUUCAAUCCAAGUAAUCCCCUCUGCAGAUCCCUCACAGAAUGCAGCUACCCUGCUAGCCAGUCAACCAAGGUCCCUCCCCAAACUUACCUAGGCCUAUCGUAGCAAGGGGCACUCUCUCUGGUAGACAUCCACCACCGCCAACAUCCACUAGCUCUUAGCCACCAACUAGAAACUAGCUACACCACGAUGAAAACCGCCCUAGUCAGCCUCUACUCCUGCCUCGGGUUGGGUGUGCCCGCCCUGGCUGCCCUCAUGGAAAUCAUGCUGAGCAAUUCCACCUCAUGCCAGAUCCGUGGUGGGGAUGAGAUUGCGAAUCUUGCCUGUCGGAAUACGUGUAUUGAACAGGGUGGUGGGUGGACUGGAGGGUUCUGUGAUGAUCAGCAGUAG